GGGUAAUGCGAAGAGCUCACUCGGAGGAGGUUGACGAUCGCUGAGCGCAGGGGUGAGAGGGUGGACGUGGGCGGAUGGACUGUCGGCGAGGAGGUAAGGGAGGGAGCCGACGAGCCGCGCAAGGGCGCGGCGACUCUUCCAAGUCCUCGGGCUGGGAGACGGGAUGGAACCAGCUGCCCGUGGAGGUGAUGACGUUCAUCUUCUCCCUGCUUCCCGCGGAGGAGCGGUUGUACGUCCUGCCGAUGGUGUGCAGGCUAUGGCGAUCCAUCGCGCUGAGACCGGAGUGUUUUCGAGAGGCGGAUCUGGAGGACUGGAGCGAGAAGCGAGUGCUGGUGGCGCUGAUCGAGCCGUCCAACGUGUGCAAGAGCAUGGUGAGGAGAACGUCAGCCGACGAGGCGUUGAAGCGGCUGGGCGAGCGCGUCGGUGUCAGGCACCUGGAGGUACUGCGAGCCAGAAACUGCUCCGCCCAAGGCCUGGGUUACCUCCUGCCGCCGUCGUGUAAGCCGCGCCUGCUGCACUUGGAGCUUCCUGACCUGCUGGGCAACGCAGAUCUGGAGCUCAGCCGACUGGCCGCAGCCUCGUCGAGCUCCCUGCGCAAGCUGAUCAUCGCCCCCUUCUACUCGGAAUCGAGUGGCACCGGGCACGUGAUCACCGACAGCUUCCUCUUCUCCCUGGCCAACACGUGUCGCAAUCUUACGCAUCUCGACAUCACGGAAUGCAAAGGGGUGACCAAAUGGGGGAUCCUGGCGGUGCUGGAGAGGUGCCGCAACCUGGAGGCGCUGAGCCUGUCCGGGUGUCUCAGCGAGAGGGAGGACAUGCGCGAGGUUCUGAACGCCAUAGCCGCCAACUGCUGCCACAAGCUGACCUCCCUCGACGUAUCAAGAACCUGUGUCCCUUGCGACGCCUUCGUACACGUGAUCGACAAGUGCAGGAAGCUGCAGUCCCUCAACAUCUCCGACGUCCUGGUUCUCACCCCGCAGGCUGUGCACGCCAUCGCCUCGGUGACCUCUCUCGGAGAGCUGAACCUGGGGUGGAACUCCUGGCUGGAGGACACGCACGCCAAGCUCCUCAGCGUCAGGACCACGCCUUUCACCUCCCUGGACCUGUCCGGCACCUGCCUGUCCGAUGCGGGAAUGAUAGCCGUUGCCAGGGGGUUGGGUAGAACGCUCGUCAAGCUUCGCGCGCACAACACGUUGAUCUCCGAUGCGUCCAUCGAGGCGAUCGCGACGUACUGCUCGAAUCUCGAAAGACUGGGGGCUCUGGAAACCAACGUGUCCGACAGGGCGGCCGCAAUUGUCGCCUGCAGUGGGUGCACCAACCUGAUCUCCCUCUCCCUGUCUGGCUGCUGCGAGCGUGUUGUGCGAGACAGCGGUUCUGGGAGUAGCAGCAGCAGCAGCAGCUGGCUCGCCCCUCACAACGAGUGCCGGACGCUGCUGGCCAGAUGUCCUAAGCUCAUCGAGCUCGCCAUGCCCAUAACGGAUUGCUACGGCGCGCAGGAGGAGGUGGUCGGAGGAGGAGGACGAGGAGGAGCGGUAAGGGAAAGGGAACGAGCUGCGGAGCGCGAGCGUGAGAGGGAGAGAGACAGAGACAGAGACAGGCGUCCUUCUUCGUACUGCACUCAUCGGCGCAGAAGCAGACGGUGUCGGCAGGUCAUCGCUACGGUGCCCUUCUUCGAGGCCUUGGCCAUCGCUUCCUCGAGACUCAAGAGCCUCUCCUUGACAGGCUGCUGCGCCCGGAGGUAUGCGGACAUCAGCCAGGCUUUGAUCGCCUUUCUCGGACUAUGCACCAGCGUGAUGGCCGUCUCCUUCUCCAAGAUCUUUGAGCUGGACGACGACACACUGCGCGGCUUGGGAUCGGCUUGCCCCCACCUGAUUUACUUCACCUUGGAAUACAACGACACCGUCACGGACGUGGGCCUCAAGGCGCUUGUGACGGCCUGCAAGAACCUCAAGGUGGUCAACAUCAAGCAGUGCCCGGAAAUCUCCCUCUCUGUGCUCGAUCAGCUGGCCAAGCUCCUGCCAAAGAAGACUGUCGCGGAUGCCCGCGAGUGUGUCUGUACAGAACUCUGAAAAAAAAAAAUGCACACUCCAAGAACAAACAUAGACACUCCCAUCGAUAACAGUAUUAGCGAUCAGCAGCAUGGUACUCU